AUGGAGGUGGAAUUGAACAUCGAAGAAAAAGAUAACAGUGGAUCUUCAAUAUCAUCGCGUCGUCUUCAUCAUCGAAC